AUAUCUCGAUUGUAUGAACAGGAAAGAAAAAGAGACGUACAAUGAAGCCUGCGCGUUGAUUAUUACUACGGAUAAGACAUAGGACAGUUAGACCCAGAGAGUGAGAGCCUUCAGUUUGAAGUUGGAAUUGACGAGAACGAGGAAGCAGGAACCACGACAACGACUAGGUCCGUGGUGGUUGUGUUGGGAGUGAAAGAGUGAGACAGUGGGAUUGACAAGCCAUACGCAGGGUAAGAGUAAGAGUGUCAUCAGCCAGUAGUGGGGCUGUGGAAGACGAUGAUGGCUGCCACCAGCGAGGAACAGAGUGUUAUGGAUUCGUCUCGAAUAAAUUCCGCGGAAAAUCAGCCAGUCGAUCGAUUAAAAAUGUUAUAUCCGAUGGUCAACGAGGACGAAACCCCUUUGCCACGAUCAUGGAGCCCUAAGGACAAGUACAACUACAUUGGUCUCUCGCAAAAUAAUCUUCGCGUUCAUUACAAAGGUUUUGGAAAAACACACAAAGACGCUGCCAGUGUUCGCACAACGCACUCGAUACCAGCUGCCUGUGGUCUUUAUUAUUUUGAAGUUAAAAUAGUUAGCAAAGGCAGAGAUGGUUAUAUGGGUAUAGGUUUAUCAGCACAUGGCGUUAAUGUUAACAGACUUCCGGGAUGGGAUAAACAUUCGUAUGGUUACCAUGGUGAUGAUGGACACAGUUUUUGUUCAUCGGGUACUGGUCAACCUUAUGGACCGACUUUUACUACGGGUGAUGUUAUUGGAUGUGGUGUUAAUUUAGUUGACAACACUGCGUUUUACACUAAAAAUGGAACACAUUUGGGCACUGCCUUCUCAGAUUUACCUCCCAAUUUGUAUCCGACGGUAGGUUUGCAGACACCCGGAGAAGUUGUUGAUGCUAAUUUUGGACAGACACCUUUUGUGUUUGAUAUUGGUGAUAUGAUUAACGAGUUGCGUGUACGCACGAGAUUACAGAUUAUCAAUUACCCGACGCCUGAUCAUGGCCAGGGCCAGUGGCAAGCUGUCUUACACAAGAUGGUAUCAACGUAUCUUGUCCAUCACGGUUACUGUGACACUGCCGAAGCAUUUGCCACAAGCACAGGACAAGUAUUCGAAGAAGAUUUUAAUUCAAUUAAAAAUAGACAAAAAAUUUUGAAGCUCGUACUAGCAGGUCGUAUGGGUGAAGCAAUAGACCUCACGUCUCGGUUAUAUCCAGGUCUAUUAGAUCGAGAUCCAAAUUUAAUGUUUGCUUUAAAGUGUCGUCAAUUUGUUGAAAUGGUUAACGGAAGUGAUUCUGAAGUUAAUCAAACUAUUGGGACUUCGACUACAUCCGCUAAUACCAAUACCAAUACUAAUCCUAAUACUAAUAUUAAUCCUAACACCAACACCAAUACAAAUACAAAUACAAAUACUAGUAUAAAUAUAAAUACAAAUCCAAGUAACGAUAAUCAGACAAGUGUAAUACAAUCAACAAAAGCGUAUAACAGCAAAUCAUCAAACGGUACAAUAGAAGAAAUGAAUCUAAAUAAUACAUUGAAUGGUACCGCGGAUCAACAAUUUAUAAAUGGACAAAUAGAAGAUGACGUUGACAUGGAAAUGGAAAGUAAUACACCAACGAUUAAUAAUAUCAAUGGAUUGAAAAAUACAACAAAUGGUUAUCAGAAUGGUAGUCCUAAUUCAAAUGGUUACAAGUGUAAUGGUGAAGAUAUUGACAUGGAAAUAGACAGUGCCAAUCAAAAUCAACAAAACGGCAACAGUAUAGAUAAUAAUCAAACGACAAAACUAAGUAAUAAAAAACAAUUGUGUGGUGGUAAUAAACAAGCAAUCGAGAAGAUGCUUGAAUUUGGUCGUCAGUUGUAUUCACAAUCAAUUCAUCUUCGACAGUCGUAUGGUAAAAAUGAGGGAAACAAAAAAAUGCUUCAAGAUGCAUUCAGUUUAUUAGCGUAUUCAAAUCCCUGGAAUUCACCCGUCGGCUGGCAAUUGGAUCCGCAAGAACGUGAAACAGUUUGUGCUAGAUUAAAUUCUGCAAUUUUAGAGUCAACAAAUCUUCCACGACGACCACCUCUAGAAGUCGCAAUAUCUCACGUUCGAGAAUUAGUCCGUCUGAUGUCAAGCGCGGGUUUAGGAGCCUGUGGAUUUGCAGUCGUGGAUAAUAUUAUUCAAUAUUGACGGUGCCUGCCUCUGCUGUCACGUCCAGUUCUUCAACCUGCCCGAGUGUGGUGAGUGAUCUCGUAUUUAUCUUCAAGGAAAGUGCCUGACAAUCGAUACCAUACGAUGGACUCAGCCAGCAACGAAAUUAUUUUAUCCGACGCGCUACAUAAAUAUUUAUUGUUAUGGGUAUGGGUACUGGCCAAUUAGUUGAAUAAAAAAAAAAAAAUUAAAAUUUAUUAAUUAAAUUUAAAAAAAAAUAUUGCCGGAGAGUCCAAGUGAUUGAUGCUAAUGGAUUGUAUUGGUUUGUACUGGUUUGUUUUACAAGUAAGAUCUUUUAGGAUGCGGAGACGGAACGUGGAGCAGACAAUAUUAUUGAUGCAACAACUUCGCGAUGUAGCGCGCCUCUUCAGCUAGAGUCAACGCGAAUUAUUUUUGUCGGUGAUAUAUAAAUAUAUACUCAACGAUCUCACACCACAAGAAUUUAAACGGAUUUUAAAAAUUUAAUAAAACAAACAAAAAAAAAAAUAUAUUAAUAAUUAAUUAACUUAUUAAUUAUAAAAAUGUGAACACGCUCAAAUCUGCCAACCAAAAUGACACUUGGUCUAUAAAACAGUCUUUGGUAGUCAACGAAGAGGCAAAUAAUUAUAUGGGAAUUAAAUAAUUAAUCCUUUGUCGCGGGGUUCACAAUCGUUUCCUCGUUCUCAAGUUUUUAAUUUAAAAAUUAUCAUUAAAUUUAAUUAUUAUUAAUAAUCAAAAGUAGUUUUUUAAAAAUACUUAAAAAAUUUUUUUCAGCUGUGCAAUAACUUUUAUUUGGCCGCGGUAUUUUGUUUUUUAAUUUUUUUAUUGGAAACUUAAAAUUUAAAUUAUCGAGAACGAAGAAAAGUUUAUUAAGUGAUUAACGAGGUCUUAAGUUUAUAUAUAUAAAUAAAUAAAUAAUUAUAAUUAUAUUAAAUAAUAAAAAAAAAGAAAA